AUGAAAUGGAAAAGGAAUUCACGGAAAUUACAACAAAAAUUUCCAUCAUCAUCCGGUCAACAACCAUCUACAACACAACAACCGGAUGAAUUGAUUACAUAUUUCCAUUUGACAAUUAUUAUAGUGGCAGGAAUUUUAAGCUUUAGUGGUAAUAUUUAUGGUAAUUUUGUAUUUGAUGAUCGUGAAGCUAUCAUAAAUAAUAGAGCUAUUCGUGAAAUUGGAAAAAUAUUGGAAAGUGAUUUUUGGGGCUAUCCGAUACGAUCACCACGUAGUCAUAAAUCGUAUCGUCCUAUUACUACCAUUACUUUUGCGUAA